AUGUAUCACGAUACGCUUCCUCCCCCUUCGUUCAGUUCACCAGUCAAAGCGUCAGAAAGCAUUCCUUCUAAAUGGCUGAACAUGUUACUCGUUCAAGGUUAUCGUCCCGUCACGGGUGAUGAUGCCCGUCGCCUACCACACAUUCAGAGUGCAAUCGAUCCGACCGAGGGCCUUGUCAAUCCUAAACAGGUUGUCAGUCCAAAGUUCAACCCCACCUUCUCCCUGACCAUUAUAGAAGUCCCGUGGUCGACCAUAAAGACCUUCCCGGGCAUCAUCGCCUAUCGUACAUUCACAGUCAAACUUCAACGCCAUCACUUCGUCUUUGCUGUAGGAGACUGGGAGGAAACUGUCGGUAACAGUGCCAUCGUCCAGUGUUUCUCGUACACAGAGAGCAAAAACUCGGACGUCCAUGAUCUCUUUCCAUUCGGCGAACAAGGACUUCUACGUAUUCCGAAGAAAUACAUUGAACGACUCACCCCCUUGGCCGUUCCCUCGCCCAAGUUCCGCACAACCGAUCAACUUCAGGAGCUGUGGGAUGCGAUCUCGUACUAUCGACGCUGGGACGUCCUCCUGACAUUUCCUACAUGUUAUACGCACGAGAUGGGAGGAAGCUGGUCCGUGACUCCGACACCGAUUUUCACCUCCGAAAGAGUGGCGGAGGCCAAGAUGAGGGUGUACACGGUCGGUAUGGUCGGUCAUGGGAUGUAUAGCGAUGGUGAAGACUGGAGGGUACGUUACGUCGAAGGAGGGUGGAGAAUUGAGACACAGGUUCAGGUUGCCGAGAGAGAGCGGCUCAAGAUUGACUCAGGCAGGGGCCAAUCCGAGCGGGAGAGCGAUAAUGCAUCAGCGAAAGCGGAGAAUUCGCCUCUUAUGCCCCGACAGCAGGUAGAUCACGAAGUCAUGGAGUCCAUGAAGGAGCAAACCCCGCGAUCAUCGUGGUUCGACGGUGAUGAUGCGGAUGAAGGCCAAGUGAGCUGUCUGUCAUGGCUGUCAUCGCUUUGGGGUUGUUGA